AAAUCAUUUCAUGCAUUAAAGAUUAUCCUCGGGCAAAUAUAUAUUAUAAAGAAGUCACAAAUAUAUUAUAAGUAAUAAGUCCCCGUGAAGACAAGACUAGAUGACGGAUUCACAGUAUGACAAAAUCCACACAAGGGCACUGGGGACUGAGCCCUGAGCCGGCGCUGGGAGUAAAAGUGGUUAAAACUGACGCUCCUCUCUGGGUCAAGCUGGUCAGUGCUGGGACUGGGGCCUGUAUAGCUGAUGUGGCUACAUUUCCUCUUGAUACUACCAAAGUCAGACUACAGGUACAGGGUGAUGUUGGUUUCCAUAGUAAAUACUCUGGCGUUGUUCGGACGAUUCUGACUAUUUUCCAUGAGGAAGGUGGCAGGGGGUUGUACAGAGGACUAAUGUCAGGCUUACAGCGACAACUCUGUUUCUCUACAAUAAAACUCGGCUGCUAUGAUGAUGUCAAGAACUUGUACGCAAGUCUAUUAUUUACAGAAGACGAUAAACCAAACACAACCCCUGUUUCAAUCCGAAUUUUGGCGGGAGUCACUACGGGAAUGCUGUCAGUUGCGGUUGCGCAUCCAACUGACACUGUCAAAGUUCGCAUGCAGGCUCAGAGUGGCAACAACCUUCGGUAUGCUAGCACUUCCGAUGCAUACAAGAAGAUAUAUACCAAGGAAGGGAUGAAGGGACUUUGGCGUGGAUGCCUACCGAAUAUGUUAAGGAACGGAAUUGUAAAUGUAGCAGAAGUUGUGACGUAUGAUGUCACUAAGAGCCAUUUGAUAGGUAGCGAUGUCAUGUGUGAGGGUGUUCAGUGCCAUCUGGUGUCAGCCUUUGCGGCGGGAUUUUGCGCAACUGUGGUCGCUUCACCUGUUGAUGUGGUAAAGACUCGCUACAUGAACUCUUCGUCAUCUCGGUACAAGAAUGUCAUUCACUGUGCCAAGGAUCUUUGGAAGGAAGUUGGCUUUAGGGGUUUUUAUAAAGGAUUUUUGCCUGCAUUACUAAGGAUUGGAACAUGGAAUGUAUUGAUGUUCUUGAGUUAUGAGCAAAUAAAACUCUGUAUUCAGCCACCUUUGGUACAAAUUACUUCACAUUCUACAGAUGUUGAAAAAGCAACACAAAUUCUCUUCAAAGAAAAACAUACAUAAAUCCAUAUUGGAAUUGAAUCUAUAUGUAGAUGAAGUUAUAAUACAAUCUGA